AAAAAACAAUAAACACCAAUUGAUAUUAAGUGGCACUGUUUAUAAAGUUCAACUGUGCGCAAAUUUGGUUACUUUUAAUAUAACUGCAGAUGGUAUUUUUGAAUCAUAAUUUCAAAUUUCAUCGUAAAACUACAAAUUCAGCCAUAAACACCCAGCAAAUUGUUGAUUGCUGUUGGCUUUUUUUCUGCAACAUCAAAACUGUUUAAAAAGUUUUGCUCUUGCAAAUUUUGGGCGGUCACCGCAAUACUUGACAUCCUUUCGGGAGCAAACUUUUGAUUUAAUAAUGAACAAAAAACAAGUUUUACUUCUUUGCAUUGCAAAUUUACUACUAAUAUCACGAGUCGGAUGUUGGGAGACGGCCAUGAAUCCCCGACAGAAGAUGAGUGGACAUUAUGGUUCAAACUACAUGAUCGGAAAGAGGAGUACUACCAACUUGAAGAAAAGAUGGGGACUUUCCGAUCUGACGGAUUCUGUUUCUGGAGCUGCGUCUAAUGUCGUGGAUACUGUAUCUGACGUCUCGUCUGACACCCUGGAUAAGGCCACCGACCUCAAGGACACAGUUGUCGAACAAGGUCAGGAUGUGGGAGAGUCUAUUCAGGACGCGGCCGGUGACCUGCCCCUCCCCUCUUCCCCCUCCGAGGUCAAGGACAUCGCACAGGGUCUCGAACUCUCAGAUGUAAUGAUACUCGCAGAUGACCUUGGCCUCCCUUCGGAUCUAGACUCUGUCCUCUCUCUGGCUGAGAAACUAGGCGUGGAAGUGACAGAUGAUGACAUCAUGAAUCUGAUCGCGGAGGUUGAGAUGUCUGACCUUGAGGAAGUGUUGAAGGAGAUCCCGGUGGAAGAUUUGGUCGCUUUAGCCGGAGGAGUGGCCUCUCAGGUGCCACAAUCUGGUGGUGGAGGCUCCUCUGAGUCUGCUGUCGUAUCAAUAGAGAUCAUGGACAAACUCACAGCGGCUCGCAUGAUGAUCGACAACAUCGAAUCGUGUAAGCUGCAAGAUGAAGCACCCAAAGAGGAGGAGAAUUCUGUUAAAAGGCUUCAACCUAUAAUGGCUGGAAAAAGACCUAAACCUAUCAUGGCGGGAAAACGUAUUAAACCUGUCAUGGCUGGCAAACGCCUCUAUCCCAUUAUGGCGGGCAAGCGAAUGGGCGGACUUCUAAAUCGCAUGAGCAAGAAGAGCGGCGGUCUAUUGAAGUACUUCAAGCGGACCGGCGGUUUAUUGCAUUUCAUGAAGCGGAGCGGCGGUCUGUUAAAUUAUUUCAAGAGGAGCGGUGGUCUAUUAAACCAUUUCAACAAAAGGAGCGGUGGCCUGUUACACUUCAUGUCACGCAAAAGGGUAAGUGGAAAUUUCUACGAAAUCAUGUCAAACAACCAGGCAAACGUGAAACCUGGUAGCUUAGUUGGUAAACGCGACGCUGAAGUUGUUCCGUCGUCUACCGGAAUCAGCCAGGGAGAGCUAGCCAAAAUAAUCGAGUCAGGGGCUAAACUGGCAACUGACGCCGUGCCAGAUCAUCAGGCACUCAUGCCGUCUACAGGAUCCACUGCUAGCCUCUACACGAUUCUGGAAGGGGUGAAUGACUUGAUUGCGAGAUUGGAUCAAAUUUCAACUUGAAGAUGCAACAAACACCUAUUGUCUCACCAACUGCAAUCGACUCAGUUGAAAAAUAACAUCAAAAAGCGGUGACUUGCUUCUUGAUGUGUACAUGAAGAAUGAAUAAAUUGUAUUAUCAAAUUAAGGGACUUAUUUCAAAUCUGGGAUUAUAAUUAAAUAUCGCUUGAUUUAAUUAAAGGAUUGCACAUA